GUGUCGCUUUGCGAGAAUGGCUGAGGACCUCAGACGGGAUUGAAGGGCGAUGGAGGAUUGAGGUGUGAUCUGCUGAAUUUUGUGUCGUCGUGCCCCCCCCGUUUUUUUAAGUCCGUGCGACGUCACUGGGGCCGAAGCCUUUUGUUCAAACGGGGUCUGCAGGAGAAGAAAAGUUUAUUUCCUGAUUCGUGAGAGAAGAGAUAUAAGAAGAGAUGUGAGCUGAUUGUGCCUUUUAGAUCAGUGAAGCCUUUUGCAUUGCUUCACACAUUUCUCCAUGGCUUCUCAGACUGGAAACAUGAACCGUGAAGACAGAAAUGUACUACGUAUGAAAGAACGUGAGCGAAGAAAUCAAGGAAUUCAGAAUGAGGAGACUUUUGCUGGAAAUUCCCCUCUCUUUGCUGAGCCGUAUAAAGUACAGGGGCGAACGGAAGAUAAACUUUCUAGCAGAAUCCAGAGCAUGUUGGGAAAUUACGAUGAAAUGAAAGACUUGAUAGGAGAUAAAUCUCUUCAAAAGCUCAUUGGCAUACCCAAAGGGACAGUUCCAUCAACUACAGAUGAGAAACCUGAUCAACCUUUUUUUGGUGAGCAGAGACACGGUACAUCUCACCAAAGUAGUAAGUGGACUCCAGUGGGUCCAGCAACUUCUGCUCCUGGUACUUCUUCACAGUCACAGAAGAGGUCAAGUUCAGGGUUGCAAAGCAGCCAUGGCAGUAGCCAAAGACUUAGUGGUGGCAGCAGUAAUACUGGCAGUAGCAGUAGCCAGAGGCACGACCGUGAUUCAUAUAGCAGUCGUAAGAGAAGUGGCCAACAUGGAUCUGAGCAUUCAAAAUCCCAUUCGGUCAGUCCAGCUAAACCACCUGCAGUUUCUUCUUCUUUAAGUUCUAAUCAUUCCAGAUCUCAAGGAAGUGACCACCAUAGUAAGGAGCGGCAUCGGUCAAAAUCUCCUCGAGACCUGGACGCUACCUGGGACUCUCCAUCACGUGUUCACACAUUUCCUGCCAGUGGGCAGCAUUCUUCGCAGUCAUUCACUCCUGCAUUGAUGUCCAAACCCAACUCAAUGUUACAGAAACCCACUGCAUAUGUAAGGCCUAUGGAUGGACAGGAUCAAGCCCCUAAUGAAUCAUUAGAACCGAAGAUUCCUUCCGAGCAUUAUGGUAACCAGUCUCAUGGCAGUAGUCUGGCAGAAAUGAAGUCAGGCAACAAAGUACAUCUCUCAAAACUAAAAAUCCCAUCUCAGCAAGUGGAGUCUUCUGUGUCAGGUGAUGCCAGCUGUGUGGAUGAGAUUCUAAAGGAAAUGACACACUCCUGGCCACCACCUCUGACAGCAAUUCAUACACCGUGCAAGGCUGAGCCAUCAAAAUUUCCAUUUCCAACAAAGGAAUCUCAGCAUGUUAACUACAAUGUACCAGGGCAGAAGAGAUACAAUGCAACAUCAAAAUCAACCUCCAGUCAUCACCAAGCAAAAUGCUCUGAAACUGACCAAACUGCUUCAAGAAUGUUGGAAGAUGACCUCAAACUUAGCAGCAGUGAAGACAGCGAUGCAGACCAGGAUAUGGGGAAAGCACCUGCAAGGGCUACUCUUGAAGGUAGUACUGAGCUUUCCCAACAAAGCAAUGAGGUUAUGGAACCACCUAGGGCUGACUCCAGUAGCCACAGUGGGUCUGAAAGUAGUUCUGGAUCAGACUCUGAAAGUGAGAGCAGCUCUAGUGACAGUGAGGCGAAUGAACCAUCAUGUAUAUCUCCUGAGCCUGAACCACCACCUUCAAGUAAGUGGCAGUUGGACAACUGGCUGAACAAGGUGAAUUCUCACAAAGUUUCACCAGCUUCAUCUGUGGACAGUCACAUUCAAUCAUCACAGAGUCAUGGUUACAAGAAGGAAAACCGAGACCAGAGUGUCACGUAUGAGGAUCCAGGUGGAUCCAAGGAUGUAAGCACAGCUACUCCUGGGAGGGAUUCAAGGAAUGCACAGAAAGGGUCAGAAACUAGAGGUCGCCAAAAGUCACCAGCCCAAAGUGAUGGCAAUGCACAGAGGAAGACAGUUGGUAAAAAACAGCCGAAGAAAGCAGAGCGACCAGCUGUAACUGAGGAACCAAGAGGAGGGCUAAAAGUUGAAAGUGAGCCUACAUCUGAUAGAGCGACUCCCAUUCCUGCAAACCGUCAUAAAGCUGCUACAAAGGGUUCUAGAAAACCCAGCACAAAGAGAGAAUCCAAGUCUUCAACCAGGACAACUGUUGAUAAAAGAAAACACCCCAAGAGUGCCAACAAAACGCCUCAGAAAUCGAGAGAGUAUGUUGAAACGGACUCAUCUUCCUCUGAUUCUGAGCAAAGUGAAACUCUCCCUCCUGCUUCCCAAACUCCAAAGUACUCAGAGAAUAAUAGGACUCCUGUCCAUAAAUCCUCUGUUGAUGGGGAAGACAGCUUUUUUCGGCAAAGGCUUUUCUCUCCUAUGGAAGAGAAAGAACUCCUUUCACCAUUGAGUGAUGUUGAUGACAAAUAUCGUAAUAUUACUUCACUCAUUGUUAGAAUUGACUUAAGUCUGUUAUCUAGGAAACCUGAAUCACCUCAUAAGGAAACUGAGCAACCCAAAGUGGACAAGGAGAUCUCUUUGGACAGGCACAUGCGAGACACUCCGAAGCAGUCAACUGAAAAAAAAUCAAAUAAAGGCAAGCGAAAGCACAAGAACGAUGGGGAAAACGAGAGUUGUGAAAACAAAAGGCCUAAAGCAGAAGAAAGGAGUAAUUCUAACCACAAGCUCUCCAGCAGUAAAGACUCAUCAAAAUCAACUGCUGAAAGAGAAAAGGUACCUCUGUCUUCUCCAUCCGCAAGCGCUGCACAAAAAACAUCCAAGACUGAGCACAAACAUCAAAGUCGCAGGAGAACCGUCAAUCAAACCUCCACCUCAAAGAGCAAUACAGGUAACACAAAGCAGAACAAUAGCAGCAGUAAUAGCAACAAAAGCAGUUCUUCAUCUUCCAAGCAUAAAAAGGCUGAAGAAAAAACAUCCCUUCGUCCCAAGGAGAAUAGGUUACAAGAGAAAAACCCAGUUAAUUCCUUGAACCCUUUGCAAUCAUCAACACCAUCAGGAGAUGGUUUAAAGUCAAGAAGGCCCAAACUCAGCUUUGAUGAGCGGUUGCAUUCAGCAGAUCAUUACCUUCAGGAAGCAAAAAAGCUUAAGCACAAUGCAGAUGCUUUGUCGGACAGAUUUGAAAAAGCGGUAUAUUACCUUGAUGCCGUUGUGUCUUUCAUUGAGUGUGGUAAUGCUUUGGAACGUAAUUCUCAAGAAGCAAAAUCCCCUUUCCCCAUGUAUGCUGAGACCGUAGAACUAAUCAAGUACACUAUGAAAUUAAAGAAUCAUAUGGCACCUGAUGCUACAGCAGCCGAUAAAAAGCUGGCAGUCUUGUGUCUCCGAUGUCAGUCACUUUUGUACAUGAGGUUGUUUAAACUGAAGAAAGACAGUGCAUUAAAAUACUCCAAAACGUUGACUGAACAUCUCAAGAAUUCAUAUAACAGUGCGCAGGCUCAAUCACCUGGCGUAGGAAGCAAAGCUGCAGGUACACCAUCUCCAGUCUCUCCCAAACUUUCUCCAGGUAAUACUGGGAGCUAUUCCUCCGGAAGUAACACUUCCUCCAGUAGUUCUUCUGCCUCAGUCACAAUACCACAGAGAAUCCACCAGAUGGCAGCUAGUUACGUUCAAGUCACAUCCAAUUUCCUGUAUGCCACUGAAGUGUGGGACCAAGCUGACCAGCUAGGAAAAGAAAACAAAGACUUUUUUGUGGAACUGGAUAAAGUGAUGCAUCCUUUGGUGUUCAGCAGCAGCAGUAUGACCGAUCUUGUGCGCUACACUCGUCAGGGUUUACAUUGGCUCCGACUGGAUGCUAACCUGUUACCAUGAGUUUGGAAAAGUUGGACAGAAGACCUGAAAAAUCUGUUGUUUACUUACUUUCUCAAUCCUUUCACGUCACUGUUUCCACUUUUCUAAUUGUAAAUAGGCUCCUGACCUUUUACAGAACAAAAAUUAUGACGAGUUACAUGCUGAUUAAACUAUUUUUGAACCCAGUACAUAUAACUAUUUUUAACCCUUAUAUUACAUUUCUUCACAAAUACCUUAAGAGCUUCAGAAGCUUUGCCCAAUUAUGAAGGAUCAUUUCUUUCUGUUUGCAAUCAUGUAAACACUGUGACGAGCAACUUUUACAUUACACUAAUUAAGCAAUCAGAGCUAAGAAAACCAAGUCACUUUGCAUGGAAUCUCCAAUGCGUGCUUUUGUGUUUUACUUUGUGUUCUAUUUAAUAGUUCCAUAGAAGUUCAUAACUAUUGUAAGGAUAACUAGAGUUUGUCUACCUUUUGAAUACUGUUCAGUUUCUGAACUGAAUCAGGAAUUAUCACAGGGUAUAUUAAAAACUCUUACUAAUUGUGAGAGCAGUAGUAUGUUCAAGGCCAGACUUUGUUUCCAGGUUGGGUGCUGUGACCUACUUGGGAAAUUUACUUAAUCCAUGAAAGUAGAAAAAUGUGCUGGUGCUGUAACUGUGAUGCACAGUUUUUGUGAACAGCAUUGACUUUCUAGCACAGUUGAUAUAAUUGUGAAUGGAUUUAUUGCCAGAUGACCAUUUUAAGACAUUGUUUACGUGGGUACUUUACUGCAUUCAUUUUUGAAUGUUGCGUACUGGAUAAGUGAAUUGUCUGAAAUGGUUUAGUGUAACAUUUGUACAGAAUGCAUGCACCCUGGUACAGGAGAUGUACAACAUUCAUAUGGUUAUAGUAACCUAUCUGAGAUGCUGGACAAAUGAAUAGCAGCUGCUUGCAUCACCAACACAGCUUGCCCUGCUUCCAAGUGUCUGCUGGUCUGUAUCACUAGGCAAGCAUCUUAUCCAACCUAUAGUGUACAUAGACAGGAGUUAGCAUUGAGAUAUGCACAGCUGGACAGUACCAGAUAUGAACUGACAUCUUUUACAGUAAAUACUGUAUUUGUCAGAAAUGCUUCUUGUUUAACUGAAUGUUUUUUUAAAGUAAAAGUGGGAUGUGCCACAGCUUAAGUACUUUUAACUAUAAAUAACUGAUUGAGUUUCUUUGUAUUAAGUCUAAGAUCUGGAAACUCAGACUACCAAUGCAACAAUAAUUAUGCAUCAGACUUACACUGCUGCUUUAAAUAUCAUUGAUUAACAUAAAUGCAUUUCUUUAAAACUGAAGCAGUAUAACCAAGUUUGCAUUUUCCAUGUUUUUGUUCCAUGCUCUUUGAGAGUUUGAAUCUGCCACAUCAAACAUACUAGGUGUGCCUUAUACAUCUCUUGUAUUUCUCCCCUGGUUUGUUUUAUACUUACAGUAGCUUACAAGGUGCUACAUCAAACAGUAAGGCUGUGUAAUGAUGUAAUUUUGAAGAAAGCUAAUUCGAGUUGUCUUCCUCAUCUCGAGUCAUGUUGUGUUGUUGAAUGUUGGUAUAGUUUGUGACUACAUCUGCUGGAUAUCUAUGUUACUCUAAAAUGAUUACACUAGUGUGGGAUAUGGAGUUUCUAAGAAAUAAAAUAUUUGGGGGGUUGGGGGUGCAGGGUGCAAACAUUCUUGUAAUCUGCAGCUAGGUGAACUGAAGAAAUAUAGCAGCCUAAAGAGUCUAUUUUACUGUAACUUUGUUUUAAAUCUAACGACUUCAGUCUAGAAAUAUUUACCAUGUUGAAAGUUUUUGUUUCAAAACAAUAAUUAUCCUGCCAACUAAAAAGGAAAUUGUAUACUUGCCAUAUUUUAGCUUUACGAUAAUUAGACUGCAGUCAGCAAAUAUAUAAGUAGUUUAAAAGACAAAGGAAAUUUAUUUGGAGGGGUUAUUAAUCUAAAUCAGGCCAUCUUAUUUAUAUAUUUAUUUUUUACUUUGGGAGGCACAUUCUAAAAAUGUUUUCUCUUCGCUGCUUUAAAAUAUUGCAAAAUGGAUUUCCUGCUGAAAAUCCAUCAAUGUGCUUUGCCAUUUGAAGUGAGAAGUGACAUCAGUAUGGAGUACAUGGAUGUGACAGAAUGUGAAUGAAUGGCCGAGGUUUACUUUCUCUUCUCCCAAAAAGACUUAAAUUAUUGUUGAAUGUUUCCAAUGUGUUUGAUGUGGAAAGACCAGCCUGAUUGUGCAAAGUGUGCUUGAUUUAACAAUUGGCCUCUGCAGCACCAUGAAUUAAGAACAGGGAAUUUUUUAAUGCAGGGGAAGACAGGAAUAUAUUUUUUAAAAAUUAAAAUGGCAAACAUUCAUAUUCUUAAGAGUUUCAUAAUGGAGCUGGAUGGAACAGCUCAGCAACCAUGCUUUUCCUCACAUCUGUUACUGCCGAAAUGCCUUUGUGUUGGUGGCAAACUUCGGAGAAGUCAAACAAAUAAUACUUAGUGUAAUCAAAAAAUGAGAGCCACUUGUUAUAAACUAAUACUUGCAAAGUAACCUGUAAUGUAUUUUCCAGUGUCCAUUCUGUAGAAACUGCUAAUGUAUUGAACCACAUGGAAUGCCCAUUGAACCACUAACUAGCAGUCUUCCUGUCCAGUGGUAUCUAGAGAGAUCCUCAAACGUUGUCAGUCAGCCGAAUUCCAAAAUGGUUUCAAUCUUUACCGUUGUUGUCUUGAGCUAUGUGUAUGUGAUGUUAAUACUGAAGGUGUAAUAGGUUUGUGUUUGAUACGAUGUCUGCGCAUAAAGUAUCAAAAGUUUUUAAAUGUAAUGUGCAUUUCUAAUUAUAAAUGUUUAUUUGAUAGAAAUAACUGACCUUAUAAUAUUUUAUAGUAUUUAUUACUGUAGAUGUCUAGGUCAUCUAGACCUUUUAACAAGCUGUUUGCAUUUAAUGCCUCCCUAUGAUUUGUACUUUCAUUUUCAGAAUCCAAAGAUGAACAAAAUUUACUGGAAACUAUUUCCUCCUCACUUAGCUUCUACAGAGUAUUUUUGUUUAUUUCCAGUCUAGCGCUAUAGAUGAAUUCAUCAAAACACAUAAAGCAUUCGGAUAUAAUAAAAUAUGACAGAAAACAUUUAAAAUAAAUUUAAAGGGAAGUGAUAACUAUGAACAUUUGAGUAUGCAGCUGACUUUUGUAUGUUCCUAUAAUGUUAUUAAAGCAUGUUCUGAUCAGUGUUUAUACCUCACCAAAUCAUUGCUCUCAAUUUGCAUGUGACUUUUCAAUUUUAAUUUAGGGGAUUUCCUGAAAAUGAACGUUUUGUUUCUUUACAAAAUUACUCAUACAAUGUUCAGUUGAUUGCUAUAUUGUUUAAUAUUUCUUCUCUUCCCCAGCCCAACCCACCUAUAAACAAAUUGUACGAGUAAUGGAAGAAUAAUGAAGUAACUUAAAUACUAGCAUUUUGCAUAGUUUUGGAGGUCCUCAAAGUAACUGCCUGUAUUUUAUUUGAACUAUAUAAGUUCAUAGAGUGUUAUCCCCAUCAAAUAAAUGUAUUACUAAAUACAAUUAGUUAAUAUAAUUUAGUAUAUGUAACUUACAAAAUGUACCUUACACAAUGUACCUUUUUAGAGCUUAUGGGAAAUGGACUACUUUUAAUUCUAAUUUUCUUUUAAAUAUGUUUCAAAUAACUUGUUUGCUUAUGAUUUAUAACACUUGAUUAUGUUGACUUAUACAAAUGGAGGUGAAUAGUGAACUCAGUGAGUAAAAGCUUUAUAGCUGUGGAUGAGGUUGCUCUCUAACAUAGUGCCAUCUUUUGCAGUAUACAGUACUUUGGCUCUACAAAGAGUAUUGCAGGGUCAAGGUUGUCUCAGAUAUGACACAUUUGCAUUGGGAUGUAUUUGUAAAAUCUGGUUAUGGCAAGUAAAGCAUUGUAUAACCUGAACUUAUGGCUUCUGUAAAGAAUAUUAUAUAUUUCCAUCGUAAUGGAAAAGGGUUUCUAGCAAAUCUAAAUUGUUGCAGCUCUGCUCUGUAUUUUUCAACUUCAGCCACAAGUUGCAUAUUUUUAAGGAAAAUGGGAUUCACGUAUUUACUGUGUAUAAAAAAAGAACCCUCAGAUUCUUGUUAAUUAUUCUGUCAGGAAAGUAGGUCUGCUGUGUAUAAUGCAAAAUUGUUAACUUUAGUGAACUUCCAGUGAGCUUUUUCUUUAAUAAACUUUUCAAAUGCA